AUGAUUGAAGUAUUGUGUUAUAUAUACACAACAGUUGCAAUUUUAAUAGCAGCAGUAUUUGUUUAUAUAGUUUCAGCAAAAAAAAAAAAAAAAUUUAUAAUAGAUAAAAAAUUUUAUUUAAACAGGAAAUACAACAUAGAUUUAGAUAAAAUUAUUAAAAAAAUGAAAAAUAAACAUGUUAUUAAUAUUGAUGAUAUAGACGACGAUGAAUUAUUAGCAAUAAUAUUCACAUCUAAAAAAUUUGAAACCUUAUUAAAAAAUAAUGAAGAUUGUAAAUAUUUAGAUAGUAAAACUUUCUGUAGCAUAUUUUUAGAACCAAGCACAAGAACUAGAUGUUCCUUUGAUUCUGCAAUUUUAAAACUUGGUUCAAAGGUAAUAAAUAUCACUGAUAUGAACUCUACAUCCUUUUACAAAGGAGAAACUAUCCAAGAUGCAUUUACAAUUUUAUCAAAAUAUGUUGAUGGUAUUAUAUACAGGGAUCCAUCAAAUAACAAUAUAGAUCUUGCUAUUAAGUCAUCAAGCAAGCCAAUAAUUAAUGCAGGAAAUGGCACAGGAGAACAUCCAACUCAAUCGCUUUUAGACUUUUACACUAUUUAUAAUUUUUUCCCUCAUAUUUUAGAAAGAUAUGAAAAGAAAAAAAUUAACGUUGCAUUUGUUGGUGAUUUAAAAAAUGGAAGAACUGUUCAUUCACUUAGUAAAUUACUUAGUAGAUACAAUGUUAAUUUCAUUUUUAUAUCAUGUAAAUCAUUAGAAGCUCCUGAAAAUUUGAUAACCACUAUAACUAAUAAUUUAAAAAAAAAUGGAUUUUACAAUAAAAACUCUAUAAAAAAAUAUGAUAAUUUAGAAAAAGGAUUAAAAGACGCACAUAUAAUAUAUAUGACAAGGAUACAAAAAGAAAGAUUUUCAGAUUUAAAUGAAUAUAAUACUUAUAAAGAUGCUUUCAUUUUAGACAACAAAGCCCUAAAAAAUACGAGAAAAGAUGCUAAGAUUCUUCACCCUCUUCCAAGAGUUAACGAAAUAAAAGUAGAAGUAGAUGAAGAUCCAAGAAGUGUUUAUUUUCUACAGGCAGAAAAUGGUUUAUAUGUGAGAAUGGCUUUGUUAUAUCUUAUUUUUUCAUAG